CGCCCAUCAAAACAGCCUCUAUCACUGCACAUUCAAUUACCAACCUGCUGCUGUUCAUCCGCUUGACAAAUUACUCAGCAAACGCUUCUGCCCAAACGAUAUAAGAAGCAACCACCACCUCCCCCGCCAACCGCACAGGACAACUCCUCUGUCAGCCUCAGGCACCACGAAUACCCCAACUUCUUCUCACACUACCCAAGAACUCUCUCAAAAUGUCUGGACUAGGCUGGGACGAAGUCACCAAGAUCGGUAGCCGGACCCGCGGCAGCGCAGCCGGACCCCGAGAGACCGUGGUCAAAGGCAAAGCCGCGCUCAACGCUGCCCAGCGCUCCGGCGGCAUCAUCGCCACGGAGAAGAAGUACGCCUCGGCCAACGCCGUCGGCAGCAGCUCGUCCGAGGGCCAGCGCCUUACCAAGGUCGAUCGCUCCGACGACAUCGUUAAGCCCAAGACGGUGGGCACGGUUGUGGGACAGGCGAUUAGCAAGGCGCGGUCCGAGGCGAAGAACGACAAGGGCACGACGAUGACGCAGAAGGAUUUGGCGCAGAAGUGCAACACUACACCGACUAUCGUAGCCGACUUUGAGCGCGGAACUGCGACGCCGGACCAGGGUCUGUUGGGCAAGAUGGAGCGCACGUUGAACGUCAUUCUACGGGGUGACAAGAUUGGCCAGCCCAAGUUCCCGAACAAGAAAUAG